AUGGAGCCCGCUGACUCCAACGCCUUCAAGCGGAGCUCGAUGCACCAAGCGCUAUACAGUCGUCCAGUGGAACGACGUGCAAGCAAGAAAUCAUCAUCUAGGGAUCGACAUGGAAUGGUCUAUCCCGACAGCUUCCGAGAUACUACUAUUCGAGCGGUGACACCAGAGUCGCACUCUCCAGCCAACCAUUCACCUUUAUCCGAACCUGAGCAUCUCGCGCUCGGCAAUUCGUCCUCACCCCGAAACACCGUGCGGUCACGGCCCGCCGACCUCGAGCGUCGUCGGGAUUUCAAUAUACACUCAUCCCACUCAACUUGCGCAGGCGAAGAAGAUACUCCGAUUGAAGCCAAGAACCAACGGGCGCGAUCACGGACAACGGCGGCCGACGAGCAACGCAACGACAUCGCCUCCCAUACUCUUAUAAGUCGAACGCGAGUCGGAUCUGUUCACACGACCAGUCCAUCUCAGCCAAAGUUGCCAGAAGAUCCGUCAUCUUCAAUUGGGUUUCCGUCGAUUGAAUCCCCGAAAUACAGCAGCCAGACUGUUCCCCGCCCUCUACCUAGCAGAGGUGCCGGGCUGGGUGCGGGAGCGCAUCAAGAUCCAUUCACCUCUCCUCUCUCGAGUACAGAAGCCACCAAAAUCCUACAGUUAAUGAAAACUACAUGUGGCAGAAUGCAUGGAAUCCUGUCAUUCCGCACGGCCCCGACCACUUCAUGGACAUCCGGAUAUUGCGCGAUCAACGUCGCCACUGGAAGUCUAAUCUACCAAGCCAAGGGGGAGCCAGCAUUGGCGAAAACGUUGAUCCCCGAUUUGCGUGGCUGUCGAGUUCGAACAUUGUUUGACUCUGACAUGCAAACCACAUAUUUGAGCGUUCAUACCUUCACUUCUGGGCUUGCAAUACAAUUACGACCUCACGUGAACGAGACCUUUGAUUCCUGGCUUGCUGCCCUCCUCUGCUGGCAGCCCAUUCGACCUAAGGGCGUUCAGAACAAGAUGACGAAGCCUCAAGAGGUCGUGAUUGGAGAUCGACGGAUUCCCGAACGUCGGCGCAAUUCGGAGAGUGCAGCACAAAAGGAUGCAACGAUCAUCAAAGUUGGCAAGAUGCUUCUGUGGAAUAGGCCAUCUGCUUCGGGUGCAAUGUCGGCGUCCGGACGCCGCGUGUCCACCUAUAGACAAACAAGGGCUCUUUCUUCGUCGUGGCAGAAGGUGAGCUGCACGCUACAAGAGAAUGGCUUUUUCAAGCUCUACACAGAAACAGAUGUGUCUCUCCUGGCAUGUGUGCAGCUGUCCCAACUAUCUCGCUGCGCUAUUCAGCAGCUACACUCCUCGGUCUUGGAUGAUGAGUUUUGCAUUGCCAUCUAUCCUCAGUAUACGGCACACGCGGUCCCGGAUUCCAAUGUGCGACCUAUAUACCUCGCACUCGAGAGCCGUGUUCUUUUCGAGGUUUGGUUUGUGCUUCUCCGCGCCUUCACCAUCCCAGAACUUUAUGGCCCCGCGUGUCAAGAAGAAGAUCCAAACAAGACCCCAGAAGCGGAGGGUUCAGGGCCAAGCCCGACCAAGGAUAUGUUCCGAAUCGAACGGUUCUUGAGCCUGAAAAUUGUCGAGGCAAAGUUAUUCCGCACCAAAGAGGAGGAUAACCCCCGAAGUCGAAAGGCGUCGAGAUCUCAUGGCCAGCCAGUCCCAACCUCCAGGGUCAGCGACUAUUACACGGAGGUGCUCUUGGACGGAGAGAUUCGUGGCAAGACUGCUGUCAAGUACCGCACCAUGAAUCCUUUCUGGCGAGAAGAUUUCAUCUUCAACGAUCUGCCACCGGUGCUUUCCCAAGCCUCUAUCCUCGUCAAAACUCUCAAUCCGACACAGAGAGACUGGACACUUGUUGCCCACGGAACGUAUGCAGCGAACCACGACGUGAACGCUGUCAACAUGCUGGAUGAGAUUGAGAUCUCUACAAAUGACAUCGUCUUCGGACGGGUGGACCUACGUCUCGAAGAAUUGGAAGCCGGCGUGAGUACCGAAAAGUGGUGGCCUAUUCUGAAUGACCAAGAUCAGGCGAUUGGCGAGAUGUUCAUGAGAGCUCAAAUGGAGGAAACCGUGGUCUUGAUGUCCGAGGAGUACUCUGCGGCAUCGGAACUGCUCCACUCAUUCACCAACGGGCUCACAAUCAACAUGGCGCAGUUGAUGUCAUCCGAGCUAAAUCACCUAGCUGAGAUGCUUCUGAACAUCUACCAGGUUUCGGGGUCCACGGUGGAAUGGAUCUCGGCCCUUGUUGAAGAUGAGAUCGAUGGUAUUCAUAAAGAAUCCACGACCAACCGGCUGAGGUUCACAACGAGGAUGCAUUCGAACAACUCACCCGAAUCUGCUGGCCAAGAGCGCGAGGUUCUUGUCAGAGACAUGGGAAGAACCGCCACUGUGGAGGCCAAUCUUCUGUUCCGUGGAAACUCUCUCUUAACCAAGGCCCUUGAUCUUCACAUGCGUCGCCUGGGCAAGCAGUAUUUAGAGGAUACUAUUGCGGAACGACUACGCGACAUCGAUGAGAGCGAUCCGGAGUGCGAAGUCGACCCAUCUCGCGUUGCCCGCCACGAGGACCUAGAGCGGAACUGGCGAAACCUCACAGCUCUCACCACAAGCGUUUGGAAAUCUAUCGCGGGAUCUGCAUCGCGCUGCCCCCCAGAAUUGCGACGCAUCUUCCGACAUGUCAGGGCCUGUGCAGACGAUCGCUAUGGCGACUUCCUCCGGUCUGUGACGUACAGCAGUGUCUCCGGUUUUCUCUUCCUGCGUUUCUUCUGCCCGGCUAUUCUAAACCCGAAACUUUUCGGGCUGUUGAAAGACCAUCCUCGUCCUCGUGCACAGCGCACCUUGACCCUCAUCGCCAAAGCUUUGCAGGGUCUGGCCAAUAUGACCACUUUCGGCAACAAGGAACCUUGGAUGGAGCCGAUGAACAAAUUCCUCGUCGGUCAUCGCUCGGAGUUCAAAGAAUUUGUCGAUUCAGUUUGCGCAAUUCCCGCCGAUCGCCCGGUUCCUAUUGUCACACCCUCCUACACCACCCCUAUCCAGAUCCUUGGACGGUUGCCGCCCACUUCGCGCGAGGGAUUCCCCAGCCUUCCGUUCCUCAUUGACCAUGCCCGCUCUUUCGCGAACUUGAUCCGUGUCUGGCUCGAUGUAUCCCCAGAACGCCUCGACGAGUUGACCGAGCUGGACAUCAACCUUUCGAAAUUCCAGAAAGAAGCCCUCCGGUUGCAGGCACGCACUGAAGAGUGUCUCACACGGGCCGAGCAAGCUGAGCGACCGAGCGGAAAUCUUGAGAUCAAAUGGGAAGCACUGGUGGAUUCGAUGGAGCGUGCCGUGACGUUCUACGACGAAACCCCAAGUAAACCAAGUACGCCCGCGCCCGAAACGUCUGGAUCUAAUUCAGCACCGCCCCAAAACAGCCAUCGAAACUCGAUCGGCUACUUUGGUCCUCGACCUUCCAUGCCUCGCCGUUCCACUGACCACCCUCCCGAGGCCGAGGAGGACACCCCUCCAAGCUCGUCUUCAGCUACCUGGGAUCCAAGCCGCAUCCCAUUCGCCAUUCCACGCUGGUCUGAUCCACGCGACAGCACCGGAAGCUCCAAGAACUCCUCGACCUACUCCCUCGACUACUCCGAGUCCUCUAAAGCACGCAGGGCCAGCGUCACGAAAGAGUCAUCGAGCAAGUACCGCUUCUUCGACUUUGUGCCUGCUCCUUCCCGACGCAAGGCCAAGGACCGUGACCAGUCUCACAACCAAUCGCACGAGGAUCUAUGCAAUGAUAUCUAA